UUAUUUUCCCCUUCUCCUGGGCUUGAUAAGCCAUUCUGCAGCCCAGACAGCCACCGAGGGCCACGACAGGACAGGCCGUUCUAUUUCAGAGACCAUGCAGAGCCUGGAACAUUGAACCUCCUGAUAGCUGCUUCCUAGUAUCCAGGGCAGAGUGGGUCGUGGCUACAGAAACUGGCUUGCAAAGCCAAGGAUGGCAGCAGAAGGCCCUUUGUGCGUAGUUUCUCUGGUCUAUCCUGAGGGAAAGCCGUGAAGCCUGGAACAAGGACCCUGGUAUACAGGGAUGAGUGGUCCAGGAAGGAACUUACGGGAUGUGCCCAUGAGUGCACAGAAGGCUGGAGAUGAGCAGGGUGGCUGCCGAGCGUCUGGUCUAAGAAUCCAGCAAGUAGGACUGUUGGAUGGAACAAGAGUUGAUUCAGUGUAGAAAAUCAAGCGGCCGGUCUUGGGCAGGUCGAGUUCUCACCACUGCAACCUGAGAAAGUCAUUCACUGAACGUCACUUUUGACUCUGGACCAGAUGAUAACUGGAAGAUUAGUUUUUCCUACUUCUGUCUAGGAGGGACGAUCAUAAGGCAGUGGAGGAAAGAGAUCUGAGAGCCCCAGCAUGCAUUGUGUCCAGUACCUGGCCCUCCUUCUAGCUGGGCUCUUGGCACUUUCUCACAGUUACCCACUUGAAGAGCAGGCCGGGAGGGAUGAUAGCUUCAAUGCCACCUUUGAACGACUUCAGUUCAAUGCGUAUGACGCCCCCAGCCGAAAGGUCGCCCCCAGCAAUAUCGACUUUGCCUUCCGCCUCUACCACCUGAUAGCAUCCCAAAGCUCAGGAAAAAACAUCUUCUUCUCCCCAAUCAGCAUCUCUACCGCCCUGGCCAUGCUGUCCUUGGGGGCAGGCGGAGACAGCAGGACUCAGAUUCUCAAAAGCCUGGGCUUCAACCUCACAGAGCUCCCACUGCCCAUCAUCCAUGAGGGCUUCCGGUUCACACAACGAGUACUCAGUCUCCCAAUUGGUGAGGUGAACACCUAUGUCGGCAAUGCACUGGUCCUGAGCCAAGAUCUGGAGCCACUCCCCGAGUUCACCCGGGAUACCAAGGGCUCCUAUAACACCGAAUUAUUACGCACUGACUUCAGAGAUGUUGAGGGUACCACCCAGCUCAUCAACCACUAUGUGAAGGAAAAAACUCAUGGGAUGAUCACAAAUUUUGUCAGUGGUGGGCUGAGUCCUGACAUCAAGAUGGUCCUGCUGAAUUACAUCUACUUCCAAGGUCUGUGGGUGAAACCCUUCCCUUUCUCCGGAGUCGUUGUCCGUGACUUCCAUGUGGAUGAGAACACCGUUGUGAAGGUGCCCAUGAUGCUGCAAGAUCAACGGGAACACUGGUACAUCCAUGACAAACGCGUGCCCUGCUCAGUGCUGCGGAUGGAUUACCGAGGCGAGGCUGUGGCGUUUUUCAUCCUUCCUCGUGAAGGCAAGAUGAAGGAGGUGGAGCAGGUGCUAUCGCCUGGCAUGCUGGAAAGGUGGAACCGCUUGCUCCAACACAGGUACUUUUACAGAACGGUUGAGUUGUAUUUGCCCAAGUUCUCCAUUUCAAAUUCCUAUGCAUUGGAUCAGAUUUUGCCGGACCUGGGCUUCCAGGACCUCUUCUCCUCACGGGCUAACUUCUCUGGCAUCACCAAACAGGAGAAACUAAAGCUGUCCAAAAGUCUCCACAAGGCCACCCUGGAAGUGAAUGAAAUUGGUACCAAGGCUGCAGCGACCACCAGAUCCUUUUUUUCCCUUUAUUCUGCACAUUAUUAUAAUCGUGUCCUUAUGUUUAACCGGCCAUUCUUCAUUGUGAUCUUUUCUACCAGUGCCCAAACCAUCAUCUUCCUGGGCAAGGUGUUCAACCCCACAGCACCAUAGCCCUCUCAUGACUAGCUGGUCUGUUACCAGAAUGAUGUAGCUAGGGAGGGCUGGGUGUGAGCAGCUUUAUGUCCGUGGCUUGGAACAGGGAAUGGGCCCUGACUCCAGAAAGAAGCCAGUGGCAAGGAAGAAGGAUGGGAUGAGGUGGGCUGGAAAGUGGGCGAGGCUCUCCUAGGGGCCACACUGAUUAAACCAAAUGACAGCUCUGAGA